AUGCCGCCCAGCAAAUCCCAUGCCGAUCCAUUCACCACAACCUCCAACGGUCCGCCGCUCCGGAAAACCAAUGCAAGCGCCGCGUCCACGCGCACGCGUCAACAACUCUUCGCUCCCACUCUUUCCCGUAGACCCACAAGUCGGACCACACCUCGUAUAGACGAUGAUGUCUUGCCAGACUCGAACUCUGAGCAAGAAAACUCCACACGGCAACGAAGACAUGCAAGAAGAUUACGAGGUGGGUCGCCCGUGGAAGGCAGAGGUGGAAGGGCAAGGUCGAAGCAGCAGGUAGAGGAGUUGGAGAUUGUGAAUCGGCAGCCUGAUGGGACGUAUUUGCUUGAUGGAAUGUCGAUGGGUUUGCUUGCAGCACCGACGCCGGUGUUCGGACAGGAUAUGGCUGAUAGUGCCGACGCUAUGGAUGCUGCUAUUGCAAGACGAUAUUUUGCAUGUGGAGCACAUAUGAGCAGCAAUCGGAGAAGUACCAAGCACGAUGAAGACCUACACGCAGAAUUUGAGCGUGAACGUCCUGAGAUUCAGCUACGGCUCCGCGAAAAGGCCCUCGCGAGGCUCCAAGAUGCCAAAUGGAUGUAUGAGCCAGUAGAUCGAUUCCAGUCAUCUGGUGUGCCAUGA